AACAAUUUAGUUAGAUUAAUAAAUAUUUAUUUUUAUUGUCAUUAAGUCAUUGAGAUAAGAAACACGUAAGACGGGACAGAAUACCUAACAUGUGACAGGAGAAUCAGUUUAAAUGGAUAGUCUCUGAGACACAUUGUAUUUCAAGGAUAGUCCAUUACAGUGACAAAAGAAGAUCACGAUUCACGUAAGAUAUCUGGAAGAAAACUUGAUUUCUGUUUAGCGUAUAAUAUUUUCGUUUCCAGUUUGUGUUCGUUGUUUGCUAGUCUGUCUGUUUUAGUGUAAACACUGAAAAGGGUUAAAACAGAAGAACUUGUGUGACGGCAAAAAAAAACUGAAGGAUAUUGUCAGUUGUAAGGGUAGAGCAAUGCACAAACUCCGGAGGUUGCAGUCACGAUUGACGAAGUAUAAUUUAGCCAAAGAAAUGGACAGUUUUGCCGUAGAUCUGGGUCAACAUGCAAGAUACAACAAAAGAAUAGAAACUAUGGACAGCGAUGACCAAGACGCAAAACUUCAAAAUAUUUUGAAGGCAGCAUCGAAAGGGAGCCUUGAAGAUUUUCAGCGCCUGUAUGAGAGUGACCCAAGUCGUAUCAGCAUUCAAGAUGCCAAAGGCUGCACUCCCACACACAAGGCGGCGGAGGCGGGACGCGUCAAUAUUCUCACAUUUAUCCAUGAAAAGGGAGGAGAUUUGAAUGUGACAGAUAACAAUGGCAACACUCCCCUACAUACAGCCGUAAAGAAUGAUAAACCAUCUGCUGUGACAUUUCUGCUGGACCACGGAGCAGACAGUGCCAUCUUGAAUGUUGACCAGCUAGCUCCUAUACAUCUUGCCGUUGACGUCAAUGCUAGGAAAGCUCUCAAAGCCCUGCUUAUCCAUGACAAAGUUGAUCCCAACUUGAAAGGAGAAGCCGGUAUGAGACCGCUGCAUUAUUGUGCCUACAAAGAUAGAGACGAGUGUGCUGUGAUGCUGCUUGAGAAUGGUUCCAAACCAUGUAUAAAAUGUGACAAUGGGUUCUUUCCAAUCAACAUUGCAGGAAAAUGCGCAUCCGCCAGAACACUUGAAGUUCUUAUCAAACACGUUGAGGCUUUAGGUUAUAAAAGAGAAGACGUGUUAAGCUUUUCCGACAAGGAAAACAAUAUGCCACUCCAUUGUGCUGUCAACAGUGGCGAUCUAAAGGCCGUAAAAGUGUGUUUGUCAGCAGGUGCUCCAGUUGAUGCAAAGCAAGAGGACAGUUCUACGCCCCUACAUUUUGCCUGUGCUCAGGGUAGCAUUGAUAUGGUGAAACUCAUGCAGGAGAUGCAGCCUGAAAGAUUCAAGCAAGCAGUCCUAACAGCAGAUGUUCUCAAAAUGACUCCUCUUCACAGAGCAGCACAUUUUGACCACGUCACAGUUGUAGUAUAUCUGAUAGAACAUGGUGCAGACAUUAAUGCACAAGACACAAAUGAACGAACACCGUUGCUUCUCGCGUCUUCUAAAGGUGGAUGGAAAACUGUUAGCUUUCUACUCAAGCAGAAUGCUGAUAUAACGGUGAGAGACAAAGAAAACAGGAACUUUCUGCAUCUUGCUAUCAAAUAUGGAGCACCGAUAAACAGUUUUGGGUGUUCUGUAUUAAAGGACUUGAAGAAUUUAUUGAAUGAACGGGACAAUUUUGGAUGCACACCGUUACAUUAUGCUUCUAGAGAAGGGCACCUGGUGGCAAUUGACGAUCUCAUUAAGCUGGGAGCAACUAUAAAUUUGAAAGAUAAUGAUAAAAAAUCACCGCUGCAUUUCGCAGCAAAGUAUGGACGCUACAACACCUGUAAGAUGCUUCUUGACAGCCAAAUGGGACCAAACAUUAUAAAUGAAACUGAUGGGGAUGGACUAUCCACUUUGCACAUCGCUGCGCAGAAUGGUCACACUAAAAUCAUUACCCUCCUGAUGCAGAAAGGCGCCUAUGUCACAAAAGACAAUAUGGACAAUUCCCCGCUUCAUCUAGCAGCAAGCAAUGGUUACACACGGAGUAUGAAAUUGUUACUGACGGUCUAUCCAAAUUUACUCGACUGCUGCAACAAAGAUAAGGACACAGCAAUACACCUGGCAUCCAGGGAGAACCAUCCGUCAGCUGUAGAGAUGCUUAUGACAGUGGGAGCAGAAUUCACACGAAAUACAGAGAACGAUACGUUUAUGGACAUUGCUAUCAGGGAAAGACACACGGAAGUGGCAUAUGCUGUAAUUAGACAUGAUAGGUGGGAAGAAGUGAUGAAGUUGUGUUCAAAGGAAUUUGGUACACCUAUGAAUGGACUUGUGCAGUGUUUACCUGAUGCCUGUAUGGCUGCGCUCGAUAGAUGCCAAACUACUUCAAAGCAUGACCGACGGAGUCCAGAUUUAUCUGUUCACUACAACUUCAAGUAUCUCCAAUGUCCACUACGUUAUGUCAAAGGAAAGGAGAAAGUCGUAAAACAUUAUACUCCAAUGCUUGCCUUGAAUACUAUGGUCCGACACGGUCGAGUUCAGUGUUUGUCUCAUCCAGUCAGUGAAGCGUUCUUGACAAUGAAGUGGCGUGCGUAUGGCUCUUGGUUCCACAUUUCUAAUCUAGUCUUUUACCUCAUUUUCUUGGCGUUGUUUACUGCUCUAGUCACAACAUGUACAUUUUCAUUCACGCCCGUCACAUCAAACAGCAAUUCCACAAAUAAUUCGACAGACGAGAGUGGUAAUGUUGCAGAUAUACAAGCAUGUCACUUUAAUCCAAUGCAAAAAGUCUCUGUUUACUUCGUGUUGAUAUUCUGUUCUUUGAACAUGCUGAAAGAAAUAGUACAGCUUAUUCAGCAGCGGAAAAAGUAUCUUCAAGACUUAACGAACGCCAUUGAGUGGGUAUUGUAUGGAUCAGCAGUGAUCUAUAUUGCACCUUUUAUAGGCAAUACUACCGUUAGCUGGCAAUGGGAGGCCGGUGCCAUAGCUGUAUUCUUAGCCUGGUUCAAUUGUCUACUUUAUCUACAAAGAUUUGAUUUUUUUGGAAUCUAUGUUGUGAUGUUCCUUGAAAUCCUUAAAACACUGGUACAGGUGUUGUUAGUGUUCUCCAUUCUCCUGAUAGCAUUCAGCAUGGCCUUCUUCAUGCUACUCCAUAAAGAGAGCAACCAUGCAUUUUCGUCGCCCGGUCUGUCCUUGUUGAGGACGUCCAUGAUGAUGUUUGAGCUAGACUUCAUGGCGAGUUUCAGUGAUCCAUACACCGAUGACGAUACAAAGUCACUAUACUUUGGAGGGGCGACAAUCUUCUUACUUGUCAUAUUCGUUCUUCUGAUGCCAAUCCUCCUGAUGAACCUAUUAAUUGGUUUGGCUGUAGGUGAUAUAGAGUCGGUACAGAAGAAUGCAACAUUGAAGCGACUUGCCAUGCAGGUAGAACUGCACACAGACUUGGAACGUAAAUUGCCAUUUCGGAUUUUGGAAAUGGUUGAUAAGUCAGAGUAUACGUAUUACCCGAAUAAGUGUGCCAGCGUUCUCUCAAAGUUGCUGUCUAAAAUGUCAUUCAUCGGAGACACGUUUGAGGGAGAUGGAGACAAAUCACUGUCUCACAAUGCCUUGGUGUAUGAGGAACUGUACAAGCAGAAAAAGAGAAUUAAAGAAAUAUCGGCCAACAUGAACAAGCAGUACGAGUUAAUGCGCUUGAUUGUACAGAAAAUGGAGAUACACACAGAGGAAGAAAACCAUGAUGAAGGGUAUUCCGAAUCCUUUGACAUACCUGGUAACCUACAAAAUGCCUCUAAAUGGGCUCCAGCAAGACAUAAUCUCGUACGACAGAGCGCCGUAGUGUCUCAGUGGAAGCAGAGUAUGAGCGUCGAUAAUUGACAGUAGUGCAAAUUGCUUGAAGAACAAGCAUCACUGCUUUGAAUAUAUCGAGAAUUUGAUCUUGAAUGAUAAAAUGUUUGAACGUGCAUAUGAAUGUGGUGGAAGUUUGAACAUAAGAGGCGAUUACUGGACAUUGAACGCCCUCUUUUUGAACUUUAAGUCUGAUAUGUCAGAUCUGAAAUAUCAUUUUACUUGUUUAACAUUGCUAUGAAUACAUUUUAGCGCACCAGAGCACAUAUUGUUCAAGGUUUGUUAUUAUGAUCACUCGACGUUCGUCUGUGUAUUCGUCCGUCCGUCCGUCUGUUGGUGUCAACAACAUCUCCACUGAAACUACUUGUUGAAAGUUGACUUGGAUUCUUCUUCGACCGUUGUUCAAAUGGUUUCACUGCUUGCACAAAGGGGUCGCAAGAGCUAAAUAUAACAAAAAAAUUUCAGACGAUAUCUCCUCCUAAACCACUAGUCAGAUCUAACACAAAUAUUCGUUGGGUGACAGUCGUUUGUUGAUUCGUCAGAAGCAUGCCCGCAAGAGGACGUUGUUAAUCCUCCCCACCCACAAACUAAUAUAUAUAAAAAAAAUCUGAUAUGUCACUGCAAAAUUGUGAGACAUGAUAACAGAUUUGAGUAACAUGCAAAUGUUAAAACAGUUCCGAUGUGAAGUGCAGUUCGGUCUUACAUAUAACUCAAGGUUGAAGCUAUCUUUAUUGAGUUGAAUGGGUUGGGUUUUUUUGUGGAAUAUGCAACUUAAUUCACAAGGAUGAUUUUGGGUGACCCUUCAAAGAGUGAAAAUAUAAUCUGUUUUGUGAGAAGACAUGGUUUCCUGUACCCUGUAUGUAUAUAGUGGAGACUCUAAGAAACUGUUGAAAAGUGUUAAAAAAUAUAAAGACUUGUCAAAAACCCAAUGCUACCGGGAGACGGUCAGAAUUUCUCUAUAUUGGUCUUAGAUUCACCGCUUAAUCUGCAGGCUGCUUAUUCAAAGUAAUUAGUAAGUGACAAAGGGCCAUCUUGUCCCUCUUGCUAUACAUUUCGUGUCUGUCUCAUAUUUGUAUUUGAAAUUCAAACGAUUUGAUUUGCAAAUAAAAAUCAGUGAAAUGAAAAUAAUAUAUGUCCAUUGAUAUUGCAUUUCAUUCGAUUUUAGGAUGUGAUAAUAAAUUAUAUACAACAGUCUUGCAGCCAGAAGGCAUCGCCCGGUAAUAUUUUUGCCAUCUUUAUUACAAAUACACUGAAAACCAUACCAAGCUUGUUUUGUUGUCUUUUAUUGUAAUUAAAGUAUACAUGUAUCUUUAGUCUAUCUUUUAAGCCGUAAUCUAUGAGAUGCACAAAAUAAGACCAUUUAAGAGAAAUGAUAUAUCUCAAACAAUGACUUGUCGUGAUUUAAACCAUUGUUUGGAGUUCAGAUGCGAAGGCGACGCAGCACAAGUGAUAUUAUAAUACGCAUUUGAAGGACAAGUAAUGCUUUUAUUCACGAGAAAAUCAGUGUUUGAAUUACACCGUAUACGACUUCAAGGGUUAUUUUUUGUAUCCUUGAUAACCUCAACCAAAUAUUUACUUGUUUAACGUGGUUGUCUUUUCCAGCGCUCCGCCAUAACGUUUGACGCUCUGACGUCAUAAUUGUGACGUACAGAAAACGAUCUUGCUGCAUAAUAGCAUACAGUUUCAGUCUUCAAUGUUUAAGAAAUUAUAUAUCUCAAGUAUUGAUUUGUCGUUGAAUGAAAUCAUUGUUUGGAGUUUAGAUGCGAAGGAAUUAUAUUAUCAUCAAGGGGGCAUUUCGUGUUCUACGAGCUCUUGUUAAGAAGAAGCUGUAUCUGCAUGCUGUAUGUUUUGUAAAAAAAUGUCCUUAGGAGGGGGAGGGGGACGUUACAAAUUCUUGUUUUGAAAACCUUUAAUUAUCCAUCCCUUCCCGUAUGCAGGACAAAAAUGUACAAAUGUCAAAGAUGUUGUAACGUAACUUUUCUAAAGGUAUUUUCAGCUAGAAUUUUCUAAGCAGAAAUAACUACAAUACGACAUAAGGUUACAAGGAAGAACAGUCUGCUGGGGUCUCGAACCUAAGUUGUCGCAAUACUGCCACAUCCGACCGCUCACGAAUUUAAAAGAUAUUGCCAUGUCAUCGUAAAUUUUACUAAAUAUUAAUAUUAAAAAAAUGCAAUGUCGUCACGAAUUGAAACAGGAUGGCAUAUGUCGCAGAUUAAAAAAUAAUGCGCUGUGAGGCGGUUGACCUACGGGCCGAAAGACCGUACCCCGACCGUUAAAAGAGCAUACAUUCCUUGCGAUAUAGUUUUCAUUUACAUAUUUUUAUGCAUUUGCUACCACACUGUAGUAACUGAUGUAUAAAAAAUGAAAAUAUCUUACGUUGUAGUUAGAUUGAGCUAUAUUGUGAAAAUUAAUAGCAUACAUAAUGGAUGAAAUAACAACUAAAUGUUAAUAAGUGCCUUCAGAGCAAAAAUAUGGAUUUCUGUAAUUUUCCGUAUUAAAACGUCAUUUUCUGAUGAAAUAUUCAAAGUUUUGUAAUAAAGUCGGCAAUUGUACAUUGCAAAUGGGCAAUAUAUGAUAUCUUUAGACUUUGAAAUCAGUUUGUCAAAGGUCACAGUGACUGUUAAUAUAAUAGGGUUAUUAUAACAGUAGCUCGAUCUGGGACUUUGUAUUCGGCUCGAGUGGAUUUUGCUAGAUCGGAUCUCACGAGGCGCGCAAGCGCCGAGUGUGAUCCGAUCUUGCAAAAUCCACGAGAGCCGAAUACAAAGUACCAGAUCGAGCUACUGUUAUAAAUAAAAUUAUUUACGUUUUUCGCUGUUACUAGUAUGUGGUUGCUAGUCUAUUUUGGGUUUUAAGCUAGUCUAUGUUUUUCAAGGUUUGAUAAUUUCGCGCUUCUUUGUUUCGAUUGAGCGAUUUUCUAUAGCGUUAUUUAUUGGGGAUUUCGCCUUUGUCAAUCACUCGAGGCUAGGUAUUUGGCAGUUACACACCGAAGUUGUUUUUGUUGCGUACAAACCCUCCCACCC